GUUCUCUGUCAAUGACAUUUGGAAUGCCAGUAGGCGAUAAUGCAUCCGUUUCGGUUCUAUUAUAAGUCAACGUAUCUCGUUGCCUAUCAAAGGAAGCAGCAGCGACAACAGCAGCGGCUGCGGCUGCGGCAACAACAUCUGGGUCUGAUGAGAAGUUGAUAAAGACGGUGGUGAUAGAAAUAACGAUGGUAAACAAGUUGUGGUACCAAUGUUGUUAGUGGUAGAGUUUCCUCGAAGACGAUCAAACUCCAAAUUACCCGAAUGUUGUAUAGUGUUUGUCGAUGGGAAAUGAAAUGGUAAGGAACCCGAGUGUAAUCGUGGGUGAUAUGGAUAAGGACCGUAAGGACAAAUUGGUGGAUGAUAACUUAAGGCAGCACUGUUACGCUGUUUAAUGCUUAAAUGCAAAAGUUCCCCUUGCAAAAUCGAUUCGCCAAAUAAUCGGUGCGUUGGAUAUUUCCCACGAGAGACUCAUCGAAGGACAGUUAUUACCGACUGUAUAAAAUAUGACAAUGGUUUGCUUUUAAAAUUUUUAGAAGCACUUUGAAUAGUACAAAACGAAAAUUUAACGCUAUUUUUUAAAAGUUCUAGUCACAACAUGAAACAUAAAAAUCAUAUGUUUAUCAGGAUAUGUUGCAAAAUUUCUAUGCGUGCAAAAAUUUUCUUUUGUAUUGCCAAAUUUGCAUUCAGUAUUAAUACGAUCAAAUAAUAAACCUUUAAUAGUCUUUGUUAUUACAUUCUCUAACAUUCGUAAUAAACUUAUUGUUAAUUGUUAUUAUAUGUGUCUCUCGAUCAAUAUUAGAUAAGACUGUUUUGAACUAUAAUAAAAAACAUGAAUGGUAUUCUCUUCACUAUCACCGACCUUUUAAAAAUAAACGAGUUUCAAAUGGAACUAAUAUUCGUAGAGGGAUAUUUUAAAACCGUUGCAGCCGUGUUUUAAAGUCAAGCGAAUUAUAAAUAUGCUCACAUUAAAUUCAUUUCGAAUAUUAUGCAAGAUUGUAUAUUUUGCCUGCAAUAUGAACAUUUAACAAACGACACGUAGUCACAUGUGCAUUUUCCCACCUGAAGAAAGUCGACGACGAAUAGGGAAACUCGGCAACGAACGUUUACACGAACAAAAGGGGUGAUUCACCCUACCACUUUGUACUUGGGGAUUCUUCUUCCUCGCUAAAAGUAAUAAAAUAAAAUAAAAUAUUUCUAAUAGUAUAUUUUAAUAGAAUGCAUUUCAAUGAAACCUAAAAUAUUGAAGAAAUAUUAAUAAUUGAUAAAAAAAAUAUAAAUAUUUUAAUGUACAUAUAUACAAAUUUACUUUAGUAAUAAAUAUUAAAAUUUGAUCAAUAAAUAGUUAUGCUGUAGAUACUUUGAUGUUGAAAAUGAGUGUAAAUAAUAUUGAUAAUAUUAUCAAAAAUAUUUUGGUAAACAUUCUGUUACACAAUUGAAAUAUGUUGUCGGUUUACUAUUGACCAAACAAAUCGAAAUCGCAGGUUACCGUUUGUAAACAAUGAACAAAACUUAUUCCUUAUCAGUCCUCGAUGUCAGUUCUUCCUGGUUAAUCUAUCCCCAUUUUUGUUUUACCGUUAUUUGCGACAGUAACAAAAAUAUUUUGAGUAACGUGCCAUUAAAAUAAAUCACAGAAAUUUUUCAGAUUGAUACCUUGCCUUCAUGGAUUGAUAAGUUAAACAACAAAUAUCGAAGAUCUCGUUUCGGAAAAAAUAAAAUCUUGGAAAGUGUAAAAUGGUAGUGCAAAGAAUAGGAAAUAAUACAUCAAAGUCAAACACAAUUUGUGGAUCACCGUCUUGUAAUGCAAGAGAUAGAAAGGAAACGAAAUUCAAAGAUGUUUGCUCUAGUGGACCACAGAAUACUUGUAUUCGAACUGCGGAAUGUAAAUCUGGUCAACAUCGUUAUUCGUACAAUGGAAAAGAGUCGACCAAAAAAAUAGGUAGAAGUAAACCAAGAAUGCAACUGAGUGGACAGAAAAUCAUAAAAAAGAGACUAUUUUCUCCAAAAAUUUUAACAAAAGAAGAGUACGACGAAUUUCAAAAAUACAGUUCUAUGACGAAGGAAGAGCGAGAUGCGGCUCUUAAAUCGGAGGAAGAAGAGAGGCAAAGACUUAUGAAAGAGAGUAUGGAGAGAAAAGAGGAAUUUCGUAGAAUAGAUCAAGGAAGGCCUCGAGAAAAGUGCCCGCAAUUGGCCGAAAUAGAAGAGGAAGCUAGGAAAAGAGCGAAACAUGUGCUUGAAAGAGCAGAGAAGAUGAAGCUCGAACAGGAGGAAGAAAUCCAAAAGUGCAAUAGGAUCAUUUUAGAGACUAAAUGUCGUGCUAUCAGAGACGCUCAGAUAGCAGAAAAAAAACUAAUGGAACUCGAGUUGGAGGAGGAAGAGAAACGUUUAAAUGAUAUGAUGGAAAAUGAAAGAAGAUGGGCGAUUAAAGAAGAAAUUAAAAAAGAGCAGGACAAAGCAGUAAAAAGACAAAAAUUUGCUAAUAGUCUAAUCGAUCAAAUAAAAGAAAACGAGGAAAACAGGAUAUUAGCGUUUGAAAGGAAGCAAGAGGAAAGUCGAUUAAUUAAUUUAAACAAUAUCAAUUGGCAACAGGAAGAAAUUACAAAAUUACGAAAUAAAGAAUCCGAAAACGCAUUAAUUCGACAACAGCUCGCUGAAGGGAACGAGCAAUUAAAACACUUUAAGGCCAUGGAAAAGCAGCAAAAUAAACUCAUUGAUCUUAGGAUACAAGAGUACCAACGAUAUAAGGAAGAAAGGGAAGCAAAGCUGGCGGAAGAACGAAGAUUGGAAAAAUUAGAAAAAGAAAAGGCUAAAAGAACUGUUGCAAUACAGACAUUGCAAGCAAGGGGUCAACAAGAGCGGAUCGAUGAAUUGAAUGCUGCGCGAAUUCAAGAAGAAGUAGAGAGACAAUGGAGACAAAAAGAAAAGGAAGAAGCUCUUAAAAAAGCGCAAGCCCAAAAGUUACUUAUAGAAGAAAGAGAAAAACAAAUAAACAACAAACGAAUAAUGGAAGCAAUUGAACUAGAACGAGAAAGACGUGAAUUUGAAAAAAUUGUACGUGUUCAGAAGGAAGCUUUCUGUCGAGAACAAAAAGAACUUGAAAAGAAACAGCGACAAGCAUUAAUUCAUAGGAGCGAAAUACUAAAACAGGUUUGUUUUCACGGCUGGAUUAUAGAUUUUUUAAUUUAUUAUCUUUCUUCUAGUACUAUGACUAAAUUAUUUUAUAUCUAUCAUCUUCAUCAGGUAAAUGAGAAAGAAAGAGAACGCAUCGAAGCAAGACAAAAGAUGUUCGAGGAAGGUUUAGCAAUACGUACAGAAGCCGCGAUACGUAAGAAAAAGCUGCGUGAUGCAAUGGAAAGAAAAUGUGAAGAAAUGAGAAGAAACAGAGUGCCUGAAAUAUACAUCAAUGAAGUAAAACGAAUGAUCAGCAAUAUACAAUAA